AUGUACCGGCUGAAGUUGAAACGAUCCACUGAGGCGUCGUUGAAGAGCGAGUUCCUCGGCAACAAGACCCUCAUCAGACGGUAUCGCCAACGUCGUGGAGGUGGUGGUGGUGGACAAAGGCGUCAUCGCACGAACAAGUCAGACGACAACCCCGACGUUGCUGCCACGGCGUAUGACAUCGUGAAAGUCAGCGACGAUGACGAUGAGGAUCUUGUUCCGCUACUCGAACCCCGCAAGUUCAGCUCUCUGCCCUCACCUUCCACUCACCAUUCCACACGAAGCCAUCGCAGAAGUGGCAGACACCAGCCCGGCGGCUAUAAUUCACCCUGCCGACUUGUCACCAUGCUUGUUGUGUGA